CGGUGCCGGGGGAGGCUACGGUCCCGGUGCCGGCCCCGCCGGUAACUCCGCCUGCCGUAUUAAUGGGAAAACAAGCGGCUGCAGAGCGCUGGGCCGAGCCGUGCCGUGCCGUGUCGGAUCGGGCGGAGCCGGGCCAUGGUCCCCAGGGCGGCGGCAGCCCCAGCCUAGCGCGGCGGCGGGGGCGGCGGGGGGAUGCGGCGGGAGCCGCCAGAGCGGCUGGCGCGGAGCAGCGCUGGGAUGGAGUCACCACAGGCCCCUCGGCCACCUCAGCCCACCCAGCCCCUCACUGCUGCUGCUGGACCAGCCCAUCACAUGGACAGACACCCCAAGGCCACUGGAGUCACCUCAGCUCUGGCAUCUGCACCCCCCCAGCUUUGGAGCAGGGUGGGCUACCGUCCUCUGAGGCCGUGUGACAGGGAACUGGCAGAAGAGUGGCUUUUAAGAUGACACGAACAGACCCACCUGACAUUCUGGUGUCCACGGUGUACCAAGACAUCAAGGUGGCGACAGCAGCCCCUGGGGAUUCCGUUGUCUGUCAGCCCCUAGCACAAUGUGACGCCUCCAUGUCCUCCUCCCUGUCCCGCGAGCCGCAGCCCUUCAACAAGCGCCAUUGUAGGAGUUUCGACUUCAUCGAGUCGCUGGAAGAGCUGGGCACCCCCUCGGCCAUGGAGCGCGCCUGCCCGCGCCCCGGCAUGCCCGAGCCCACGCCGGGGCCGCCGGGCAGGCAGGCGCCCCCGAAGCCGGACCCGUACAGCGGCAGAGCCCCCGCGCCGCGCAGCGAGCCCAAGCGCCGAGCCCGCUCCAAGAGCGCCCCGCGGGUGAAGUCCACCCUGACGCCGGUGCCCAUCACGGUGGCGGCAUCGCCGCCGCCAGCCCGGCGCGGGCGGGAGGUGCUGCGGGUGGCACGGGAGCCCUCCCGCACCGAUCCCUCGCCGCGCCGCGAGGCCCCGAUGCCGCUGCGGGCGCUGGCCAACGAGGUGCACCCCAUCAAGCUGCAGCCGCAGCGGAGCAGCGUCAGCCGCAUCUCCCCGCUCUGCCUGGGCAGCAAUUGCUACGAGGAAGGGCCGGGGGGGAAGGUGGGCGCCAGCCCCCACGUCAAGUGCCGAGUGGACAUCAAGCCGGACGAGGCAGUGCUGGUGCACACGGCGCGGAGCCUGCGGGCAGCCCCGAACCGCCCGGAGCCGCCGCGCUGGCCCCGCACCCCCGGGGCCGCCCGCAGCCUGACCGUGCCCGGCAGCCGGCAGGCGUCCGCGUCCCGCACGCCCACCCCCAGCGACUCCUACAGCGGGGACCCUCCGCUGCUGCCCUACCCCGGUGAGUACUACGAGGCAGACCCCCGGGCUCUGGCGUACCAAACAGUGCCCGUGCCGGCCUCACGGGAAUUCAGGGAGUACCCCGACCGGGGCUGCAUGACCUUUUCGGCCCCCGGGGUCCCGGCCAAGUUCUUCUACGCAGAGGAGUCAGCGCGGUGCCCCAGCCCGGCCAUGCCUCUCCGCAGCUCUGGCUAUGCCAGCUACCCCUACCCCAGCCGCCACGCCGUGUCCCAGCCCUUCUACACCGAGGACCCGGCCAAGGCUGCCGCUCACACGAUGCCGGCCCGGACGUUGUACGUGGAGGAGGCGCGGGGUUACCCGGUGCAGGAGGCGCCUGCCCGCACCUUCUACGGGGAUGAGCCCCGCUACUACCCCCCGCGCGGGACCCCUGUCAAAACCCUGUACGCCGAGGACGCUCGGACAUACCCAGCCCUCGGCUCCUCCCCACGGCUGCUCUACGCCGAGGACUACGGGAAGUACCGGGAACGGGAGGUGCUGUCGCGCACGUGUCCCCCGCCCCGCAGCGCGCAGCCCCUGCACUUCGGGGACUGGUACUGCCCCGAGCGGGCCACGCUGCCCUACCAGAGCCUGCAGCUGUCCCGCUUCACCCCACAGCCGGCCGGGCGCGAGGCCAUGUUCUCCUCCUGGCACGCCAGCUACGGCGUGACCCCACCGCGGCUGGGCCGGGAGACCCAGCACUACUCCAAAUCCUGGGACAACAUCCUGGCGCCAGCAGCGCGCAGGGAGGAGGCCCUGCUGCGUGGGCGCAGCUAUGAGAACCUGCUCGCCCGUGAAGAGCACCGUGCCUUAUCCCCCGAGGAGCGCCGGCAGCCUGUGGUGAUCAACCUGUCGAGCUCACCCAAGCGCUACGCGGCCCUGUCCCUCUCCGAGAGCUCCAUCCUCGAGCGGGUGCACGCCGACGGCAGCCGCGGGCCCUCGGGCCGCUCCUGGUACGUCACGCCGGAGAUCACCAUCACCGACAACGACAUCCGCGCCGAGGGGCUGGGCCGGAGCGAGAGGCGCUCGGCCAGCUGGGACAUGCUGGACGCGGGCCGGGAGUGCAGGCCCUACGCUGUGCCCUGCGCCCCGCAGCCCAGCGCCAGGGAGAGCGGCUCGGGUCGCCAGCGCAGCCUGGAGCAGCUGGACGAGCUCAUCACCGACCUUGUCAUUGACUACAAGCCGGCGCCGGGCCACCGCUCCGGGGACAGGGACAGCCUCGCGGAGCAGCUCAAGCAGCUGCUGAGCAGCGGCGCCUCGGGGCCCCCCCGGCGGAGCGAGGGCAGGCGGGUCCCUCACAACGCGCCCGAGGGACCCCGACCCACAAAGGAGCAGCCGGGCCCCAGCUCCCAUGCUGGCACCCCGCGCCGCCCGCCGGCCACCGGCCCUUUCGAAAAGUCACCGGAGAACUGCUCGCCCGACCUGAGCGCUGAGGAGGACGACAUGAUGAUGUGCUCCAAUGCCAAGUGCCGGCGCACGGAGACCAUGUUCAAUGCCUGCCUCUACUUCAAAUCGUGCCACAGCUGCUACACCUACUACUGCUCCCGGCACUGCCGGCGCGAGGACUGGGACACGCACAAGGCCAGCUGUGUCUACGGGCGGGUGGGCAGCGUCUGCCGCCACGUCCUGCAGUUCUGCCGCGAGAACACCGAGGUGCACAAGGCUUUCUCACGCAUCGCCAAGGUGGGAUACCUCUCCCGCGGCCGCGGCGUCCUCUUCCUGGGCUUCCCCAAUGCGGGCUCCGCCGAGAACUUUCUCCAGUUUGGGCUGGAGAGCCUGCUGAUGUCCCCCACGUACCUGUCCCUGCGGGAGCUGGACAGCUACUCGGACAACCUGGGGGAGUAUGCCCAGGAGCUGCGGGAGAUAGGCAACCAGUACGACCCCAACGAAUGUUUCCUGCUGAAUGUAACCGUGGCCGUCACUCAGAAAGUGCCAGAGAGGCCGUCACCGAAGAUGCAGGUCCCGACGGUCAGGAAAUACGCCAAGGUGGCCUUAGCCUCCUCCAGCCCUGAGAAGAAGAUCUUGAAGAAGGAGCGGGACAUGGAAACGUUGAUCCUGACGCCACCGCCCGGAACAGCGGACAUCGACAAGGAGGGGGAGGAGGGCCGGAAGGCACGGGAGGUCUGCUUCAUCAACAUCCAGCGGGAGCUGCGCAUCCGCGGCGUCUUCCUGCGGCACGAGUUCCCCGCUGUCUACGAGCAGCUCUGCGACUUCGUGGAGAGCAACAAGCGCUUCACCCCCACCACCAUCUACCCCAUCGACAAGAGGACGGGCAAACAGUUCAUGUGCAUGAUUAUGGCGGCCUCCGAGCCUCGCACCCUCGACUGGGUGGCCAGCCCCAACCUCCUGGACGACAUCAUGUGAACGCAGGGCGGGGGCACCCCCUGUGUAGAGACGUGCUGUCCUGUCAGAACCCCCUCGGCUGUUACACCAAGGGGCACCAAGGGGAGGGGGCUGCGGGCAGCCGGCAGUGCUGGGGGGCCGGGCGGUGACGGGAGCACGGCCUCAAGUUUGCCCUGGAGCCCAGAGCCCGGGGAGCCCCUGCAGAGCCCUCUGGGGUGAGCGGUGCUUGGCCAGAGCGGGGGCGCCUCGCACGCCCCCAACCCCUGCUGCAACCCAGAGCCCCUCGGGCCUGCCCCAGGCUCCCCUCAGCACCGAGGGUCCCCGCAGCGGCCAUACCCAGCGCCUGGGACUGGGCUGCGCCAGGAUUGUGUCCCCGCCGCGCCUGUGUAGCCUGUGCGUGUUACUGCGGGAGCGUCAGGUGCCGGGGGGCCCUGGGAUCCCCCGCGGGCUCUGGGCACAGAGCGGGGCAGGGCUGGGGGGUCCCGGGGCGGAACGGCCACGGUGAGGGAUCGGCGGGGGGGGAAGGGGGGGGGCG